UUUAGCCUCAACCUGAAAGCAGCAGAAGUAGUUUAUAGUCUUAAAGGCAGCGCGUGCCAUUUAUAUACAUCUAGCUGUAGCAAUUACUCCAGUAUACAAUGAUAAAACCCACUACGUUAGCAUUAGCUACCUAGCUUAGCUACGUCACCGAUGCUGCCGUUCCACAAGAUGGCCAGUAGUUUCUAAGCUAACUGCUGAUGUCUGGUUGAUUCAGAUAUGACCGACCACGUGAAGUUGUUUGUGGGGAACCUUCCUUUAGAUGCAACUCACGACGAGCUGACCAAGCUCUUCGCUCCGUACGGAGAGAUCAACACCUGCUCCCUGCUCCGACAGUACGCCUUUGUGACCCUGAAGGGAGAAGGCGCCGCGGACAGGGCAAUACGGCAUCUUGAUGGCAAAGAGUACAGGGGCAGACCCCUGGUGGUAGAGGAAUCGCGCGCUCGCCCACCCAACUCCACAAAAGUGUUUGUAGGGAACCUCAGUGCAACAUGCUCAGCAGACGACUUGCACGGGCUGUUCUCAACAUUCGGAAGAGUUUUAGACUGUGAUAAAGUCAAAGCAAGAUUAUGCUCAAAUGUCGGCUAUGCCUUUGUGCAUAUGGAGAGGAAGGAGGAGGCCCUUGUAGCUAUCGAGGGACUUAACGGGACCAUGUUCAAGGGCCGUCAGCUGGCCGUAGAGCUGUCCAAAGCACAACCUUUGAUCAACCAGCUCGCCGGGGGAAAUGGAGGCAAUCAUGCUGGCGGCAGAGAAGGUCUUCUUCCCCGACCUCCUCCAUCAUUAGAACAUCACCAGAGUCAAGCAGCUGUGCUAGCAGCAGCUGCAGCGGCCGCUGCAGGACUACCCAUACAAGUUCAGCAAAGUGUUCAUAAUUCAUUCUACAACACCACAUCCUUCGACCCCACCUAUGCAGCUCUGAAGGGCAUAACCAGUGCUAAAGGUGCCGAUGGGGUGAUUUACGGUGCUCUUGCCAGCCAGGUGUAUGGUUCAGUAGCUGACCAGGUGUACACCGAUAUGGCCAAUCAUAAUACCAUAACCAGCGCCACUGUUGAAGAAUCGGAUUCACAGAAUGGACCAGAUCCAACAACGCUUUUUGAGGCAGCAAGAGCCAAGUUCUUUCAGGAAGGACAGAAGGUUCUGGCAGAGCAGCAGGCGGGGAGAAAGGGAGCGUCUUCAGAAAACGAGCGGGACCGCAGCCCAAUCAGAGGAAAUCGAGCCCCCCUCCUCCCUGACCCCGUUCCGGGUUCCUUCGCUCAGAUACGACCCAAACGACGGGCCCUGCUGCCGACACCCCCGGGCGUACCAGAGGACAGCACUGCUGCCACCACACCUGAAGGGUCAGAUCCUGUUGCUAGGUCUUACACUGAGUACUAUCAGCAAAUGCACCAAUACCAACAGUACCAGCAACAAUACCAGCAACAGUACCAGUACCUCCAGUAUGCCUACACCAAUCCUCCUCCCCCACCUCCUCCGCCUCCGCCAGCCACACAGGCCACCACAAAUCCUGCACCCCCAGGGACGUACACGGCACCCCCAUCAUAUGCCGCACCGGGAGCCUACGCGCCGCCCGGUACAUAUGGCGCUUCAGGGAACUACGACGCCUCGUCAAGGAGCUACGACGGCUCGGCUGGCUAUGACGCGUCUGGAGGCUACGGAGCAUAUGAUUCAUCAGGAGCUUACACAGCAGCGGGAGGCUACUCCGCAUCCACACCGUAUGAGCAGACACCCGCACACGGGCAACCCAUGCCCCAGCGCCAUGAUUACCCUUACCACACGCCAGAACCCCCUUAUCGAUAGUUCCAUCCCCCGCACACUCCUACCACACUGCAGAUGUGUGAGCGUGUGUUUGUGUGUGCUCGCGUGUGUGCAUGUGUAUUUACAUGAGGGACAGUUUAAAGCGGGAAUCCGAGGCAGCGAGGUUGUAAUUCGAAUGUGCUUUAAAUAUGAAGCGCGCCACCCCUUUUGUACAUUUUACCCAAGUCUGUAACUUGCCAGCCCGUCGGUUAUCGUUGUUAAGAGGGUUGAUUAUAUGCGUUAACAAGUGGACGAAGGUGGCGAUGAGUAGGACAGUUAAUAUUUGAAUAUUUUCAAGCAUCAGUUUUAGUUUGAUGUUACUGAGGCACAGCUGAACGUUUCUUUGGUUAAGUUACAGAAAGGUUGGGUUCCAUUGACUCUUUUUGUUUAGUGCUGGUUUAAGGCCUCUUACAUACUCUACCUAAAAUAAUUGUAAAAAAUUACUAAAUAAAAUUGUAACCGCGUCAUCUAAAAAAAAAAAUUAUUUGUAGAUGCUGAGUUGCGAAAAAACUGUUCAUCUGUUUGAGCAGAUGAGUGGUGCCAUGUCAAAAUCAGGAACUCACCCAUCUUGCACUUUUUGUUAACGGAUACAAAAUAUUUUCUUCCACUUGUUACAACUUUUCUUGCAGUAACAGACAUUCAGGUUUGUACACACUUGUGCACAAUGAUUAUGACCAAUUUUAAACUUAUAUUUGUGUCUGAACACUCAUUGCCCUGUGUAGAGAAUGUAACAGGCCUUGGUUUGAAUUCUGUCACAUUGACCUGUUUGUAAAAGCCAGACUGUUUGUCCAGACAUUAAACGGGAGACAUUUCAUCAUUUGUUGCCUUCUUAGUAAAAAAUCUUCACCUGGUAAACAUUGAGAAUGUGUGUAAAUUGACCGGAUUGUGGUACGAGUAUGUUUCAGGCUGGUUUCACUGAGCAGAGGUUUUUCAAGCUACUGAAACCGUUCAAACUGUCUCAGUCGCAGGUCGAUCAGUUUGCUUUGCAGUGAACUUCACAGAUUCAGAAAGUGAUUUUGUGGUUACGUGACCUGACUUAGUUUUUUUUUUUUUUUUUAGCCAACCAGUUUUCCCGGAGUGCUGGUCUUGCUGUUGAAGUGGGAGUUAGUUUAACUUCAGACGUAUGUCACAUCAGUCUGUGAUGGUGCAGAUUUGAGGUUUCAUUGUUUGGCUCAGUAUCAACUUUUGAAAGAACUUUGAGAACAGGGUAAAAAUACUGAGUGGAUGUAUUUAGACUUGGUUUUCCUCUGAGUUGUCAUAAUUUACGUCGCUUGUUUUAUUUUUAGCCCCUCCAUGUAUCUCAAAGUCGACGCAAACAGAAAAUACAGUUUAUCGUGUCAGUCUUAGGUCAAAGGUUAUCAGAAGAAGGAAUCUUGUGGCAAUUUGCAUUUCCCCCCUUCAUUUUUUGUUUGUCUUGUAUAACUUUCGGAGCAUCCUGUGUGAGGAGCAAGUUCUCCGUCCUACUCAAAUCCAGCCUAAAGAGACUUGCUGGUUUUGUUUUUGCAUUUUUGAGUUUCUAAACUCCAGAAGGAUCUUGGCAAAUAUUGUUUGGCCAAUGAUGUCAAGAGAUUCAUAUCUUGAUAGAUAAAAUUUUUUCUCUUUUCUUUGACAUUUCCUAUCCUUGGUUUUGUUCCGGUCCCAUCAUGUGCCGUCACGCUUCAGCUCACAUUAGUAAACCACUGGAGAUUUUGAGGGAAAGUGGAGCUCGUUUUCAUACAAGAAAAUGUACAAUUUGCUACUUGUGUAAAUAUUUUAAGAUGCAAAAGUAAUUUCAACCAACAUUUGGUAAAAAGAUUGACUGUUCAUUUGAAGAUGAAGCGAUUGUGUGUCCUCCUAAACAGUUGAAGAUAGCUAGUAGACAAGAUUACGUAGGACUACUGAUUUGUUGUACCGGUCUGUGUCAAUAGAAGGCAGCCCUUUUAUUGGCUGAGAAGGAGGACUGUCAUACUUGUAGCAUGUGUUGAGUGGGGUUGAGCCUCUGGCGUAUGUAUGAAGCACACUGUAAAAUCAGACGUCGCAAACCAGUUUAAAUGCAGAUUCUAGAAAUUGUAGAAAAACUGUGAGAAAUGAUUUCAGUGGCUGAGUGUGUCUUCUAAAUGCAGUGCUUUGGUGUGUUGCUGAUGUGCACAGUGUAGGGCUCUUCACUGAGUGGAUAUGAGGUGACAGUCUUGGGUUGUUUUGGUUUUUGUAAAGGCCGCUGACUUUCCCGAGCUGUAGCGAGAAGGGUCGUGACCUUUCCCCCCUCUUGUGAUCUCAACAGAAACAUAUGGCUAAGAUCGCUGGCGGGCUCUGCAUCCAUAUCACACCUCAAGGGUUGUUUGACGCCACAUGUUUAUCUAGAUGCAUUGUAUUUGGGUUCAUUGAUUCAUGUCAACCGGGUUACACGGGCCAAUGAUCAUAAUCUACACCUGAUCUCGCCUGAAUGUUGUUUUUAUGACUGACAAUAGUCCUGUUCAUAAUUGUACCACACACUAGUUACUCCUGUUUCUGUUUCGCCACCUGAACUGGUAGUGCUACGUUAGGUUUAAGUGACAGAUAGCCUCUCUACAUUUCCACAUUAUUCCACCUUCUCCAUGUGAACUGUUAGUUGCAUGCCUUGUUGUUGCUGCUGCUCCAGCCACCUUCUUCCUCUUGCUGAUUAUUGCAGCUAGAGUGGGAGGGAGCCAAACUGAGCCCUUGCCCUGGACGUACGCCACACGCAGCUGUAGCGUGGGAUGGGGAAAACAGCAGCGUUAGGCCUGAAACUGCUGUGGACGAUGGGGUGUCCCCCCACUAAGGUAAACACGCAGAUCACACACUCCUGCCCCUCCCUGUAACACACGUACACACUCACAAAACACACUCACACACACAGACAGACACACCUUUGGCCACACUUUCCAUUCCUCAUCCGACGUUUGGAAUUUCAGAAAGUUGGGAAUGGAUCACCCAUCUUUUUUUAAAUGGGUGAUACUCUUUUUAUUUUUCCUGCUUUUGAUUUUCUAGAUAACAUCCCAAAAAAUGUUUCUCUCCCCCCCCAAGCAUUCUCUGCUCAUACAUUCCAGCUCCCAACCAACCGACUGCUCGAACACCAACUGUUGAGGACACGCACGCCAUCGUUUAGUCUAAAUCUGAAGCAGGCACAUUGUUGUUAGUACGUCCUGUAUCUGACGGCCUGUCUUUCAAGAGUUUCAGGCAAUCACAUCCAGAGCUGAACGUGGGACAUGUAGGUGGGAUGCAUUGUUCUAGUUUUUGUAAACGUGUACCCCAGGGGCCACUUGGGGUUAAGUGCCUUGCUUAAGAGCACGUCUGUAGGCCCUCAAUUUCAGAGUUGAAUAACCCGGCUCAGGAUCGGUUGCUGGUUCAACGACUCCGAUUCUCCCUCCCCCCAAUCAACGAUUUUUGAUGCCACAUUCAACUUGUAUGAAUAACAAUGAACACAAAUAUUAUCAUUUUGUUUUAAAUUACAUUUUGUUCCAUGUUCUUUGAAAUGCUUAAUUAUCAAUAAAUGAAUUUCAUCUGAA